UAUAUAUCUCCCCUUCUCCGUAAAUUCUGUUUUAGAUUCAUAAAAAACCACAAGCCCUACUUCCCUCUUCUUCUCAUCCUCCUCCUGCUGUGAUAUCUCAUUAUCCACAGAUUCCUACACUGUAAUCGAAAUCCAUUGAUCCAGUUGAAGAGGCUAACGUCAGGGGAGAUAGAGUGAGUGGGAUCAUUAUUAUACACAGAGAGAAUUGCUUCUGUAUGUCAGUAGAUUGUACACACUGCAAUUACUACGGUGGAUUUGGUGAGCUUGCUAACCCCCUACAAUGGCCUCAACUUCGCAAAAGGCGCCGCAUUCUACCGAUGAUUCACUUCCGAUCCACCGUCAGGCGGUUUCCGCUGACGUCGUUGUUGUUGAGAACUGGCGCAACAACGAUCAGAAGAUGCCGAUCAAGAAUACAUCAAUCGCUUCCUUGAUCAAUACUACCGAUCCUUCCGCUUCCACUAAAGGAAUCCAAAUCCUCACAAGGGCUCAAACUAGCCAUCCAUUGGACCCGUUAUCUGCUGCUGAAAUCAAAGUAGCAGUAGCAACUGUCAGGGCAGCUGGAGCGACACCUGAGGUCAGAGAUGGUAUGCGGUUUGUGGAGGUGGUUCUUUCAGAACCAGAUAAAAGUGUUGUUGCACUUGCAGAUGCAUAUUUCUUUCCACCAUUCCAACCUUCUUUACUACCCAGAAGCAAAGGUGGUGCUGUAAUACCUAGUAAGCUUCCCCCAAGGCGAGCUAGGCUUGUUGUCUACAAUAAAAAAUCAAACGAAACAAGCAUAUGGAUUGUUGAACUAUCCGAAGUACAUGCAACAACUCGUGGUGGACAUCAUAGAGGGAAAGUCGUUUCUUCAAGAACAAUUCAAGAUGUUCAGCCUCCCAUGGAUGCUGUUGAAUAUGCUGAAUGCGAAGCUGUUGUGAAAGAGUACUUUCCUUUUCAAGAAGCUAUGAAGAAGAGGGGUAUUGAAGAUAUGGAUCUUGUGAUGGUUGAUGCUUGGUGUGUUGGUUAUCAUAGUGAAGCAGAUGCCCCUAGCAGAAGAUUAGCAAAACCACUUAUCUUCUGUAGGACUGAAAGUGAUAGCCCAAUGGAAAACGGAUACGCCCGACCCGUUGAAGGAAUCUAUAUUCUAGUUGACAUGCAAAACAUGGUUGUCAUUGACUUUGAAGACCGAAAACUUGUCCCAUUGCCACCUGCUGAUCCUUUAAGAAACUACACUCCUGCUCAUACACGAGGUGGUGUUGACCGAAGUGAUGUAAAGCCCCUACAAAUUCUUCAGCCCGAUGGGCCCAGCUUUCGUGUUAAUGGGCAAUAUGUGGAAUGGCAAAAGUGGAACUUUCGUAUUGGGUUUACUCCAAGGGAGGGAUUAGUGAUACACUCGGUUGCAUAUGUUGAUGGAAGCCGAGGUGAAGAUGGUCUUGGAAAAAAUGCUCAUUCUCUUAAAAAGGGAUGUGACUGCCUAGGUUAUAUCAAGUACUUUGAUGCACAUUUUACAAACUUCACUGGAGGUGUUGAAACAAUUGAAAAUUGUGUAUGUAUGCAUGAAGAGGAUCAUGGAAUCCUGUGGAAGCAUCAAGACUGGAGAACUGGCUUAGCGGAAGUACGAAGAUCUCGGCGUCUUACAGUGUCAUUUAUAUGUACUGUUGCCAAUUACGAAUAUGGUUUCUAUUGGCACUUUUACCAGGAUGGAAAGAUUGAAGCUGAAGUUAAACUUACGGGGAUUUUGAGUUUAGGGGCAUUGCAGCCUGGGGAAGUUAGAAAAUAUGGGACAACAAUUGCACCAGGGUUGUAUGCGCCAGUUCAUCAACACUUUUUUGUUGCUCGUAUGGAUAUGGCUGUUGAUUGCAAGCCUGGAGAAGCAUAUAACCAGGUUGUUGAAGUUAAUGUGAAAGUUGAAGAAUCUGGGAAAGAUAACGUCCAUAAUAAUGCAUUCUACACUGAAGAAACUUUACUUAAAACUGAAAAUCAAGCUAUGCGUGAUUGCAAUCAGUUAUCUGCUCGUCAUUGGAUUAUUAGAAACACUCGGACUGUGAAUAGGACGGGGCAGCUGACAGGGUAUAAGCUGGUACCGGGUUCAAAUUGCUUGCCAUUAGCAGGUUCAGAGGCUAAGUUUUUGAGAAGGGCUGAAUUUCUUAAACAUAAUCUUUGGGUUACACCGUAUGCACUUGAUGAGAAUUUUCCUGGAGGAGAGUUUCCUAAUCAGAAUCCACGUGUCGGUGAAGGCUUAGCCUCAUGGGUCAAGCAAAAUCGUUCUCUUGAGGAAACUGAUAUCGUACUUUGGUAUGUAUUUGGGAUCACUCAUGUUCCUAGGUUAGAAGACUGGCCUGUUAUGCCAGUGGAACACAUUGGUUUUAUGCUUCAGCCACAUGGAUUCUUCAACUGCUCACCGGCGGUUGAUGUCCCUCCAGGAGCGUGUGAGAUGGAUGUGAAAGACAAUGAAGCUAAAGAAGGCGUUGGCGUUGCAACUAAGUCUGUUUCAAAUGCUUUGAUUGCCAAGCUUUGAUGUAUUGUAGUUCAAGUUUGUAUGACCUAUUAUAUUAUACUUUGGUUGGUUGUGCUAUGAAUUUGACCCAGUCUCCACUUCAAUUCA